AGGCGACCGUGACCGCCCGCGCUCCGACGCCCCCAGGCGGCGGGGCUGAGUCAGCCGGAGGAUGCCUCCGAGCGCCGACCCCGGAAUGUUCAGGAUGUUCCUGCUGCUGCUGCUAUGGUUUCUGCCCCCCAUUGAGGGGUCCCAGCGGACUGAACCCAUGUUCACUGCAGUCACCAACUCCGUUCUACCCCCCGACUAUGACAGCAACCCCACCCAGCUUAACUACGGUGUGGCAGUGACUGAUGUGGACCACGAUGGGGACUUUGAGAUCGUGGUGGCGGGGUAUAAUGGCCCCAACCUGGUUCUGAAGUACGACCGAGCUCAGAAGCAGCUGGUGAACAUCGCUGUUGAUGAACGCAGCUCACCUUACUAUGCCCUGAGGGACCGGCAGGGGAACGCCAUCGGGGUCACAGCCUGUGACAUUGACGGGGAUGGCCGAGAGGAGAUCUACUUCCUCAACACCAACAACGCCUUCUCAGGGGUAGCCACAUACACAGACAAGUUGUUCAAGUUCCGCAAUCAUCGGUGGGAAGACAUCCUGAGUGAUGAGGUCAACGUGGCCCGUGGUGUGGCCAGUCUCUUCGCUGGACGCUCAGUGGCCUGUGUGGACAGAACGGGCUCCGGACGCUACUCUAUCUACAUUGCCAACUAUGCCUACGGCAACGUGGGGCCUGAUGCCCUCAUUGAAAUGGACCCCGAGGCCAGUGACGUCUCCCGGGGUAUUUUGGCACUCAGAGAUGUGGCUGCCGAGGCAGGGGUCAGCAAAUACACAGCUGGCAGGGGAGUCAGCGUGGGCCCCAUCCUCAGCAGCAGUGCCUCGGAUAUCUUCUGUGACAACGAGAACGGGCCCAACUUCCUCUUCCACAACCAGGGCAAUGGCACCUUCGUGGAUGCAGCGGCCAGUGUGGGUGUGGAUGACCCCCACCAGCAUGGGAGAGGUGUGGCCCUGGCUGACUUCAAUCGUGAUGGCAAAGUGGACAUCGUGUACGGCAACUGGAACGGUCCUCACCGCCUCUAUCUGCAGAUGAGCACUCACGGGAAAGUCCGCUUUCGGGACAUCGCUUCCCCCAAGUUCUCCAUGCCCUCCCCUGUUCGCACUGUCAUUGCUGCUGACUUUGACAAUGACCAAGAGCUGGAGAUCUUCUUCAACAACAUUGCCUCCCGCAGCUCAUCAGCCAACCGCCUCUUCCGGGUCAUCCGCAGGGAGCACGGAGACCCCCUUAUCGAGGAACUCAAUCCGGGUGAUGCUCUGGAGCCCGAGGGCAGGGGCACGGGAGGUGUGGUGACAGACUUCGAUGGAGAUGGAAUGCUGGACCUCAUCUUGUCCCAUGGAGAAUCCAUGGCUCAGCCGCUGUCGGUCUUCCGGGGGAAUCAGGGCUUCAGCAACAACUGGCUGCGAGUGGUGCCACGUACUCGGUUUGGGGCCUUUGCCAGAGGGGCCAAGGUAGUACUCUACACCAAGAAGAGUGGGGCCCACCUGAGGAUCAUCGAUGGAGGUUCAGGCUACCUGUGUGAGAUGGAGCCUGUGGCGCACUUCGGCCUAGGAAGGGAUGAAGCCAGCAGUGUGGAGGUGACAUGGCCAGAUGGCAAGAUGGUGAGCCGCAGCGUGGCCAGCCAAGAGAUGAACUCGGUGCUGGAGAUCCUCUACCCCCAGGAUGAGAUCAUACCUCAGGACUCAGCCCCACUGGAGUGCGGCCAAGGAUUCUCCCAGCAGGAACAUGGCCAUUGCAUGGACACCAAUGAAUGCAUCCAGUUCCCAUUCGUGUGCCCUCGGGACAAGCCUGUGUGUGUCAACACCUAUGGAAGCUAUAGGUGCCGGACAAACAAGAGGUGCAAUCGGGGCUAUGAGCCCAACGAAGAUGGCACAGCCUGUGUGGCUCAAGUAGCCUUUCUAGGUGGGUAUUCUUCAACUGCCUUUAGAAUCUCUGAGCCUCUUUCUUGGGCCUCAUAUCUUUCUCUAGGCCUUGGACUUUGCCUUCAGUUAUAUGCACUUUAAACCCCAUCAA